CCCCCCGCGCCCGCGCCCGGCCGCCUGGCGCCCCGCCCGCGCCUCAGGACCGGCGGGGCCGCGCGGCGCAUCCUGAGGGCGGCAGCGGGCGGCGGCUGCCGGGCGCAAGAUGAUGAAGUUUCGGUUCCGGCGGCAGGGCGCCGACCCGCAGCGCGAGAAGCUGAAGCAGGAGCUCUUCGCCUUUAACAAGACUGUGGAGCAUGGCUUCCCCAAUCAGCCCAGCGCCCUUGCCUUCGACCCGGAGCUGCGGAUCAUGGCCAUCGGCACCCGCACUGGGGCUGUCAAGAUCUAUGGUGCCCCCGGCGUGGAGUUCACUGGCCUGCACCGUGACACAGCCACUGUCACCCAGAUGCUCUUCCUACCUGGCCAGGGCUGCCUCCUGACACUGCUGGAUGAUAGCAGCCUACAUCUCUGGGAGAUUGUCCCCCGAAACUGUUGUGCCCGCCUGGAGGAAGCCCAUAGUUUCCAGCCAACCAGCCGGCCGGGCUCAGAUGGAGCCAGUGGCCCCCCUUGCUUGGCCCGGGUCACGGUCGUCCUGCUGGUGGCUGAGGGCAGCAUGGCAGCCCUGGGCACGGAGAGUGGCAGCAUCUUCUUCCUGGACAUGCCCACCCUGAAACUUCUGGAGGGGCAGACCCUGAGCCCGGAUGAGGUUUUGCAAAGCGUGCCAGGUGAUUACCGCUGUGGGAAGGCACUGGGCCCCGUGGAGGCACUACAAGGACAUCUGCGGGACCCCACCAAGAUGCUCAUCGGCUACAGCCGCGGCCUGCUGGUCAUCUGGAACCUGGCCGCACAGUGUGCGCACCGUGUCUUCCUGGGAAACCAGCAGCUGGAGAGCCUGUGCUGGGAGCGCAGUGGGGGAACACUGGUCAGCUCGCACAGCGACGGCAGCUAUGCUGUCUGGUCUGCUGACACAGGUGGCUCCCCAGCAGUGCAGCCCACAAUCGCCACUAUGCCUUACGGCCCUUUUCCCUGUAAAGCCAUCAACAAGAUCCUGUGGCGGAGCUGUGUGUCUGGAGACCACUUCAUCAUCUUCAGUGGCGGCAUGCCCCGAGCCAGCUAUGGUGACCGCCACUGUGUGAGCGUGCUCCGAGCUGAGACCCUGGUGACUCUGGACUUUACCUCUCGCAUCAUUGACUUCUUCACGGUGCACAGCUCUCAGCUCGAAGACGAGUUUGAUGAGCCACAGGCCUUGGCUGUACUGCUGGAGGAAGAGCUGGUAGUGCUGGACCUGCAGACGCCCGGCUGGCCAGCCCUGCCUGCGCCCUACCUGGCUCCCCUGCACUCCUCAGCCAUCACCUGCUCUGCCCAUGUCGCCAACGUCCCCGCCAAGCUGUGGGCCCGCCUCGUGAGUGCGGGCGAGCAGCAGAGCCCACAGCCUGCUCCUACUGCCUUGAGCUGGCCCAUCACUGGGGGCCGGAACUUGGCCCAGGAACCAUUGCAGCGAGGGUUGCUUCUCACCGGCCACGAGGACGGUACUGUGCGCUUCUGGGAUGCCUCUGGUGUGGCACUGCGGCUGCUCUAUAAGCUGAGUACGGCAAGCCUCUUCCAAACUGACUGUGAUCAUUCCGACAGCCUUGCCCAGGCUGCUGAGGACGACUGGCCUCCUUUCCGCAAGGUGGGCUGCUUUGAUCCCUAUAGUGAUGACCCACGGCUGGGUGUGCAAAAGGUGGCGCUCUGCAAGUACACGGCCCACAUGGUGGUGGCUGGCACCGCAGGCCAGGUUCUGGUGCUGGAGCUGAGCGACAUGCCUUCGGAGCAGGUGGUCAGUGUGGCUAGCGUGGACCUGCUGCAGGACCGUGAGGGCUUCACGUGGAAAGGCCAUGAGCGGCUGAGCCCACGCACAGGGCCCUUGCCCUGGCCCGCCGGCUUCCAGCCCCGUGUCCUGGUACAGUGCCUGCCACCCGCCGCUGUCACUGCAGUCACACUCCAUGCUGAGUGGAGCCUUGUGGCCUUUGGCACCAGCCAUGGCUUUGGCCUCUUCGACUAUCAGCGAAAGAGUCCUGUGUUGUCCAGGUGCACCCUUCAUCCCAAUGACUCACUGGCCAUGGAGGGGCCCCUGUCCCGGGUGAAGUCACUGAAGAAGUCACUGCGCCAGUCUUUCCGGCGCAUCCGCAAGAGUCGGGUGUCAGGCAAGAAGCGGACUGUUAUUGCCAACAGCAAGCUGCAGGAAGCCAAUGCACAGCUGGCAGAACAGGCCUGCCCCCAUGAUAUGGAGGUGACACCUGUGCAGCGUCGUAUUGAGCCCCGCUCGGCUGAUGACUCCCUCUCAGGGGUGGUGCGCUGCCUCUACUUCGCUGACACCUUUCUUCGGGAUGCUACCCACCAUGGCCCCACCAUGUGGGCGGGCACCAACUCUGGCUCUGUGUUUGCCUAUGCACUGGAAGUCCCUGUGGCCACAGCAGGGGGUGAGAAGCGGCCAGAGCGGGCAGUGGAGGCAGUGCUGGGCAAGGAGGUGCAGCUGAUGCACCGAGCGCCUGUAGUGGCCAUCGCUGUGCUGGAUGGGCGGGGACGCCCACUGCCUGAGCCCUAUGAGGCCUCAAGGGACCUGGCCCAGGCACCCGACAUGCAGGGCGGUCAUGCAGUGCUCAUCGCCUCUGAGGAGCAGUUCAAGGUGUUCACGCUGCCCAAAGUGAGUGCCAAGACCAAGUUCAAGCUGACAGCACAUGAGGGCUGUCGUGUGCGCAAGGUGGCCCUGGCCACAUUUGCCAGUGUGGCCUGUGAGGACUACACUGAGACAGGCCUGGCCUGCCUCACCAACCUCGGUGACGUGCAUAUAUUCUCCGUGCCUGGCUUGCGGCCACAGGUGCAUUAUCCCUGCAUCCGCAAGGAGGACAUCAGUGGCAUCGCUUCCUGUGUCUUCACACGCCAUGGCCAGGGUUUCUACCUGAUCUCGCCAUCAGAGUUUGAACGCUUCUCCCUGAGUGCUCGCAACAUCACGGAGCCCCUUUGUUCUCUGGACAUCAGCUGGCCACACGACACAGCCCACACCAGGCUCCAAGAGUCACCCAAAUUGAGCCAGGCUAACGGGACCCCAGGCGUUGUCUUGGAUCCCCAGAAGCAUGAUGGCAUCCCUGAUCCUGUCCUCAGCAAGGGAGCUGACACCGUAGAGCCACCUGAGGCCAGUCUCUCUCCCAUGUCUAUCGACUCAGCCAUCAGUGCUGACACCACAUUUGACACGACGGGGGACGUCACUGUAGAGGACGUGAAGGAUUUCUUGGGCUCUUCUGAGGAAUCAGAGAAGAGUCUAAGGACUGUGGCAGAAGAGGAGGCCCGCACCCGGACCAUCCUGAUCAGAUGAAAUGCUGCAGGUGGGACCUGGGCUCUUUUGGUCCUGCUCACUAAUGGGUUCUGAGGGCCCUCUCAAUUCAGGACAAUUGGGCCAACCCUGGACCAGCUAUCAGGGGCUGCAUAGCCAGUCUGCUUCUAAAAUGCCAGCCCAAGUGGGGCCUGUGUACCCACCCCCAGCCUCACCCUCACUGAGCAGAUAGCCUGUCCUCUGCCUUCAUUUUCUUAGUGGUCAGGGCUCAAAGAUCUGACAGGCCACCCCAGCCUGACUAGGGCCUUGGCCCUGGGACCUGCCCUGAUGAGGUUGAAUGGGAGAACUUUUGUGGCACAGCCUCAUGACCUGCUAACACCCUCCCUCUCAGGAAGACCAGCACUGACCACACCACACUCCUCAGCUGGGAUCCAGGACAGCUCAGAGACCCAGACCCAAUAACCUGUAGGUUCUAGCAGGACAUGCCCACCCAGGCCCUGGGUAGCCCCAGGUGUGGGCCAGAUCCUCUGGGGGCAACUCAGAUGGGGUCCCCCUCACAGUGGCUCUCAGCUAAGUGCCAAGGAUGACAGUGGGCAGGUGGCAGUCCACACCCUGCACAAGUCCUCCCCUCCCUUUGCAAAGAGUAUUUUUCUAACUCCUGUGCUGGUUGCAGUCAUUUCUAAAACUAUUUUGGUACUUGCUCCUGAACCAGAAGGCUCCCACAGCCUGUGUGAGUGUGUAUGUGUGUAUGUAUGUGUACAUAGGCAAGACAAACUGGGGUUUGGCCGGGCACCCUGGGCUAGAACCCUACCAACAGAGUAUGUGGUAGAGACGCUGGUUGGGAUGGGUUUCUCUGUAGAUUGUACCUUGGGUUUUUUUCCUGUCAUUUUUUAAAAUUAGCACUGUUUUAAUAUUAAAAGUACUGAUUUUUAAUACUGAAAAUAAAAGCAUUUAAUAUCUCACAAAGGCCA